AUGGCAUGUUGCAGGCCAUUAGGGUUCUUGAUAGGCCUACCAUUUGCCCUUCUUUCCUUAUCUCUCUCCUGCAUUGGUGCUCUUCUUUUCAUCUUUUUGUCCAUUUUGAGCUGCAUUUGCCCUUGCUGUGUGUGUGUUGCAAUACUUAUAAGUUUCUCAAUCAACCUUGUGAAGCUUCCCAUCGAUGUAAUCAUUUGGUUCACUGAUAUGAUUCCUUUUUAG